GCCAGGCUUCCGCUGAUGCAACACUCGGACACUGACAGCUCCUCGGCGGCUCCUCUCUGUCCACGACCCCCUCGGUGAGACCCCCGCACAGGCUCUGAGCUCAGGACUCGACGCCAUGGCAGAUCAACUGAGUCCGGAUGAGAAGUACCAGCUCAUCACCAGGAACCUCCAGGAGGUCCUGGGUGAGGAGAAGCUGAAGCAGGUUCUUCAGGAGAGGGAGCUCAAGGUUUACUGGGGUACGGCGACCACCGGCAAACCCCACGUGGCUUACUUUGUCCCCAUGUCCAAGAUAGCAGACUUCCUGAAGGCUGGCUGUGAGGUCACGAUCCUGUUCGCAGAUCUGCACGCCUACCUAGAUAACAUGAAGGCUCCCUGGGAGCUGCUGGAGCUCAGGGUGAAGUACUAUGAGCAGGUCAUCAAGGCCAUGCUGGAGAGCAUCGGUGUGCCUCUGGAAAAGCUCAAGUUUGUCAAAGGAACCGACUACCAGCUGAGCAGAGAAUACACGCUGGAUGUGUACCGUCUGUCAUCCAUGGUGACUGAGCACGAUGCCAAGAAAGCUGGAGCUGAGGUGGUCAAACAGGUGGAGCAUCCUCUGCUGAGUGGUCUGCUCUACCCGGGACUGCAGGCUCUGGAUGAGGAGUACCUGAAGGUGGACGCUCAGUUUGGAGGCGUCGACCAGCGAAAGAUUUUCACUCUGGCUGAGAAGUACCUGCCCUCUCUUGGCUAUGCAAAGCGAGCCCAUCUGAUGAACCCCAUGGUACCAGGACUGACCGGGGCCAAGAUGAGCUCUUCAGAAGAGGAGUCAAAGAUAGACCUCCUGGACUCCAAGGAGGAUGUGAAGAAGAAGCUGAAGAAGGCUUUCUGUGAGCCGGGCAACAUUCAGAACAAUGGAGUGCUCUCUUUUGUCAAAUAUGUUGUUCUCCCUCUGCGGCAAGAAUUCUGCAUCAAAAGAGAUGCCAAGUGGGGCGGAGACAAAGUUUACACCGUGUUUGAAGAAGUUGAGAAGGACUUUGCAGCAGAGAUGAUCCAUCCCGGGGAUCUGAAGGCCUCAGUGGAAGUUGCACUGAAUGAGCUACUGGAGCCAGUCAGAAAGAAGUUCGAGUCUCCUGAGCUGCGCAAGCUCACCAACUCUGCCUACCCCAGUGCCUCAAAGACGAAAGCGGGAGGAAAAGGUGCCGGCGGCGGUGGUGGUGGUGCUGGUGAUGAUGAACUUGCCCCCUCCAGACUGGACAUCAGGGUGGGGAAGAUUGUCAGUGUGGAGAAGCAUCCGGACGCAGACUCGCUGUACCUGGAGAAGAUCGACGUCGGGGAGCCGGAGCCGAGGACGGUGGUCAGCGGGCUGGUGGCCUACGUUUCACAGGAGGAGCUGCAAGACCGAACGGUGCUGGUGCUGUGCAACCUGAAACCGCAAAAGAUGCGAGGGAUCGAGUCUCAAGCCAUGCUGUUGUGUGCCUCAAUUGAAGGAGAGCCCAGGAGGGUGGAGCCACUGGACCCUCCAGAGGGUUCUUCACCAGGGGAACGCGUGUUCGUGGAGGGAUAUGAGACCGGCAAGCCUGACGAUAAACUAAACCCAAAGAAGAAGGUGUGGGAGAAACUGCAGGUGGACCUGAAGAUAUCAGACGAGUGUGUGGCUCAGUGGAAAGACAAGCAGCUGAUGACCAAACUGGGACAGAUCACGUGUAAGACUCUAAAAGGAGGCAACAUCAGUUAAACAUACACACACACACACACACACACACACACGGCUUCAUAUUGCAUCGACCGCUGAAGCUGCUCCUUCCGGCCACUUCAAGAAUACUCUCAUUAACACAUCGUCACGGCAGCAGUGUCACCCUCGUCAACACGUAUCCCGGAGAGCGACGGGACUCAGAUGAAGCUCGUCACUGUGCUUUUACAAAAAUACUAAAAAAGGAAAAAGAUGUAAUUCCUAAAAUUUUAGGUUAUGUGAAUGUGCACAUGCAAUGUUCUGCUCAGUGGAAGUAUUCUAUCAUUAGUUCAUUCCAGGAAGUAGAUACUAAAGAGGAUCUCAGGUUUCUAGAAAUGGGUGAAGUGUUUCAAUACUGUUUCUGGUUCAAUUCUCAUCUUAAAUGUCAAGACUGUGGCUGACCUGUUACCCUUGCUAAUGGGAAUGGUUAUAUGGGCUUCAGAUGUAUAUUAAAUAAUAAUGCCUUGUACUUAAAGACAGUUGUAAAGUGUACAUCCAUCCUGUCACCGACUGUCUUAAAUUAUACAUCAUCUCUCAUCUGAAAUAAAAACUGGUUGAAUUCUGUGGU